AUGGCCAUCGUUAAAGCCAAUGCAUACGGACAUGGCAUGUUGGAAAUAGCUCGAGCAGCUGUGUCUGCCGGCGCAACUUGGCUAGGUGUCGCCACAUUAGACGAAGCAUUAGCCGUGCGUUCUAAACUUUCAAAAAACACUCCCAUUCUUGUUCUUGGUUAUGUUGCUCCAGAACAUGUAUCAUUGGCUAGUCAAUUUAACAUAACACUUACGGGCAUUUCACUCGAUUGGAUACAAGAAGCUGCUCGACUUGUUAAACAACCAUUCAAUUUUCAUCUCAAAUUGGAUACAGGUCUUAAUCGACUUGGUUUUAGAACCAUAGACGAAGUACGAACAAUAAUGAAGAUUAUUUCUCUAAAUGCAAAUUUGAAUUGUACGGGAGUUUUUACACAUUUUGCUACUUCUGAAGAUAUGCAAAAUAAGAGUUAUUUCCAUCGACAACUAGCACGUUUCUACGAAUUUCUCGAUGUCAUUCCAAAUCGUACCGACAAAAUUAUUCAUUGUGCAAACUCCGGUGGUACUUUAUAUCAUCCUGAAAAACCUUUCUUUAAUAUGGUUCGUUUGGGAAAAGCAUUGACCGGUCCACCAAAUGAAGCAUUAAAACAUUUACUUCCAUUUGAGCUUCAACAUACACUUUCGCUUCACUCUGUCUUAGAUUUUGUAAAACAAUUAGAUGCCAAUGAGAAAAUCGGUUAUGUAGGUGAAUAUGUAACAACAGAAAGUCAGUGGAUUGGCACUGUACCCAUUGGAUAUGCUGAUGGAUGGCAUCAACAAUUUAGAACGAGUCAUGUUCUCGUAGAUGGAAAACGAGUACCAAUUGUUGGACGUAUCGCUAUGGAUCAAUUGAUGGUUGCUUUACCUCAAAAAUAUCCGGUCGGAACUCGUGUAACUUUUAUCGGUCAACAAGGUAAUGAGACAAUAGUUGGAGAUGAAAUUGCAGAAAAAGCAAAACAACCAAGAUCAGAAGUACUUACAUCUCUUUCAAGUCGUGUUCCACGUGUAUAUAUACAAAAUGGAUCGAUUAUUGGCAUCAGCAACCCGAUAUUAGAAUCUUAA